GACCGUCGGCGCGGUCGCUGCUGUGUGGAGUUGGAUUGUUGAUGCUGCUGUGGCAUCUGGACGUCGCGUAAUUUCUCGUUUUGAUGGUCUUGCUCAUCGCUGCUUAUGUUUCAUUGAACUGCUUUCGUUCGGUAUAAAGGUGAAAAACUCAAGCAAAUAUGUCAACUUCGGCGAUAUUUAUCUUGGAUGUGAAGGGUAAAGUACUGAUCUCCAGGAACUACCGUGGAGACAUAGAGGCAGGAGUCAUAGAAAAAUUUAUGCCCCUGGUGAUGGAGAGGGAAGAGGAGGGCAAUUUAACACCCAUCAUUCAAACGCCUGAAUGUACUUAUUCUUACAUUAAAUACAACAAUUUAUACCUAGUAUCUAUCACCAAGAAGAAUGCAAAUAUAUCUCUGGUGUUUGUGUUUCUUCACAAAGUGGUACACGUUAUGCAAGAAUACUUCAAGGAACUUGAGGAAGAAAGUAUCAGAGACAAUUUUGUUGUAAUUUAUGAGUUGCUGGAUGAAUUGCUUGAUUUUGGGUACCCUCAGACUACAGACAGUAAGAUAUUGCAAGAAUAUAUAACACAAGAAGGACACAAGCUGGAAAUUCAACCAAGAAUUCCAAUGGCAGUAACAAAUGCUGUGUCAUGGAGGUCCGAGGGUAUAAAGUAUAGGAAAAAUGAGGUGUUUUUGGAUGUUAUUGAGUCUGUAAAUUUAUUAGCAAAUGCAAAUGGAAAUGUGUUAAGCUCAGAGAUUGUGGGAGCUAUAAAGAUGAGAGUUUACCUAUCUGGUAUGCCAGAGCUUCGAUUAGGAUUGAACGAUAAGGUUUUGUUUGAGUCCACUGGACGUGGCAAGUCGAAGUCUGUUGAAUUAGAAGAUGUCAAGUUCCAUCAAUGUGUUAGGCUCUCUAGGUUUGAGAAUGAUAGAACUAUAUCAUUUAUUCCACCUGAUGGAGAAUUUGAAUUGAUGUCAUAUCGACUAAAUACUCAUGUUAAACCUCUUAUCUGGAUCGAGUCAGUAAUUGAAAGACAUGCACACAGCAGAGUCGAAUACAUGGUUAAAGCAAGGUCUCAGUUCAAGAGGAGAUCAACAGCUAACAAUGUGGAAAUUGUCAUUCCUGUGCCAAAUGACGCUGAUUCUCCAAAAUUCAAAACCACCAUUGGUAGUGUCAAAUAUUCUCCAGAGCAGAGUGCAAUUACAUGGUCCAUAAAAUCAUUUCCUGGUGGUAAAGAAUACUUAAUGAGAGCACACUUUGGCCUGCCAUCUGUCGUUGGGGAAGAUGUCGAAGGUAAACCACCUAUCCAAGUCAAGUUUGAGAUUCCUUAUUUUACUACGUCAGGAAUUCAAGUGAGGUAUCUCAAGAUUAUAGAAAAGAGUGGAUACCAAGCCUUGCCAUGGGUUCGAUACAUCACACAGAAUGGUGACUAUCAGUUGAGAACCAAUUGAAGAAUUUCAAAAGUUUUUUUUUAAUGUUUGAAUGAUUUCUUCGAUUAUUUCAUUGAAUUUAUAUCUAUGAAAAACAGUUGCAUUAAAUGCUGAAUCGAUACACAAGUGAUAUAAUCUGUAUUUUUAAGAAGUAUCCUAUUAUUGAUUCGCGCCUAUUACUUUUAUUGGUCGUUUAUUUCAGCCGCACAGAUUGUUUAAAAGAAUGAUAGAAGGCUUUUUAGAUGUUAUUGUUGUUAUUGAGUAAAAUUGCAAGAAAAGCAAAACAAAAAAAAACGUAGGGCGCUAGGUUGGCGUGACUGACAGACCAAUCAACAGACACAAUUUUUCAUGUUGUACAUAUGGAAAAAAUUCCAUUCCAUGCAAGGCAACUCGAUUUCGAGCUUUUGCUGUAAGUCAUGUUCGCUAUAUAGUAUUAAUGCCAUCAGGCCGCCAAGUGACUAUUGCGAUGAGCGACGUAUUGUUAUUACCGAUGCGAUUAGCAUUGGAAUCUGUAAUUAAUGUAUCGAAAAAGAUAAUAAAUUUUUAAUUGAA